UCACUGUGCGAGAUCUCCUCCAUGGCUGCUCCCUGACUCUCCAUGUGGCUCCAGAGACAGAAACAAACUGCUUCAUAACGUCACAAUAACUCACUAAAUAUCACUAAAACCAACCGGAGUCUGGUGGAGGAGAAGCUGCAAGCAACUCUGUGAGGAACUCAAGAUGCAACACGACGACGUGAUCUGGGACAUUAUUGGGAACAAACAGUUCUGCUCCUUUAAAGUCAAGACAAAGAGUCAGAGCUUCUGUCGCAAUGAAUACAACAUCACCGGGUUGUGUAACCGCUCGUCCUGCCCGCUGGCCAACAGCCAGUACGCCACCAUCAGAGAGGAGAAAGGUCAGUGUUUCCUCUACAUGAAGGUGAUCGAGAGAGCAGCGUUUCCUGCCAGGAUGUGGGAGAAGGUGAAGCUCAGUAAGAACUACGAGAAAGCUCUGGAACAGAUCGAUGAGAACUUGAUCUACUGGCCUCGAUUCCUCCGACACAAAUGCAAACAACGUUUCACCAAAAUCACUCAGUACCUGAUCCGCAUGCGCAAACUGGUCCUCAAGAGACAGAGGAAGCUGGUUCCUCUCAGCAGGAAGGUGGAGAGGAGAGAGAAGAGGAAAGAGGAGAAAGCUCUGAUCGCUGCUCAGCUGGAUAACGCCAUCGAGAAGGAGCUUCUUGAGAGACUGAAACAGGGAACGUACGGAGACAUCUAUAACUUCCCGGUCCACGCCUUCGACAGAGCUCUGGAGCAGCAGGACGAAGAGAGCGAGUCGGAGGAGGAGGAGGAGGGGGAGGAAGAGGAGGAUGACGAGGACGUCGGGAAGAGAGAGUUCUUAGCAGAAGAUGAAGUGGAGGAGGGGAGCGACCUCAGCGACUUCGAGGACAUGAACAAACUUAAGACGAGCAGCGACGAGGAGGACCAAGACGAGGAAGAGGAGGAGUCCAGUGAGGAGGAGAUGGAGGUGGAGGUGGAGGUGGAGACGAAGACGAAGGCCUCCAAGUCUAAAGGAAAGUCUCCAGCCAAUGGCACAGUGGCGAGGAAGAAGCGAGCUUACGUGGAGAUUGAGUAUGAGACAGAGCCCGCCGCCAAGAGCAGAGCCACGUAGUGAUGUCACACCCUCUGCUGAGGAACCCCCCCUCCCCCACUGUGGUCUUCAGGUUGAGACUGUAAAUGUUUGUUUGUUAAUGGACACACAUGAAGAUCUGACCUGGAAUCAGAUCAACAAACCCAAUGUGACUUUAACAGUGAUUUAUUUUAAAAUAACUGCUUCGUUCUGUUUAAUAUUGAGUCCAUAAUCAUCUUUGAAAACAACACAAAGUACCAGAUGAACAUGUCAAUAAAUACAUUUUGGAAAAAAAUGUAACCCUGCUUUAUGCUUCUUAGUAGACGUUGAACUUUGGAGAAAAAUAUUCUAAAAUAAACCUGCUUUUUAAUGUAAA